CCUCACAUGCCAGCACCGGCCUUUGGUCCAGCACGGCGUGUUGGGGUCUCCGUGUCGGCCAUCCAACGGCGACCACCAGCCAAGGCGGCUUUGAAGCCAAUGAAGGGAGCCGUGCGACAGAGGAACCGGACCGCUAACGUCACUCCUCUGGAUUCAGGGGGAUCUGGGCCCGCAGCCCGGCAGCCGCAGUGGGCAGCCCAGGCUCGGUCAGCCGCUAACUUCAGAGCCCCAGGCCACAGAAGGGCCGGGGUCUGCGCCACGCCGCCCCCUGGGCCCCGAGGAGGCACUGAGGCUGACGACCGUUCUGCCCUCACUGCCACGUGGUCUCCCGAGGCCGUCAGCGCCAGACCUGCUGGGGGCCCCCACGUGGGGCUGCUGAGGCCCAGAGACACCUCGGGGCUUAAAAUCAAGGGCAGCAAAACAGCCCGUGUGGAAGCCAGGGUGAGCGGGCCCGGCUCCUCUUCCCUCUGCCCGGCCGCAAACCCCCCAGCCCUGACACAGCAGCGCCCUGGGCUGUGGCCCCCCGAGGGCCCUCCUGAGACACCGCACCAGCCCCUCCACCAGGGACUCACCACGCUGUUCCGCGUCUCCGUCUCAGAGGACGGCCGUGUGCACAGCAGACAUCCCGUGAGGACUGCACAGGUGGCCACCAUGGUGCAGCGGCCACACCACUGGUGCCAGCGUCGCAUGAGCAGGGCUGGGCCUUGCCCGCCACAACUGCUGCUCCUGCCCCUGCUCCUCCUCCAGCCGCUUGGCAGAGCUGGGUCCAGGUCAGGACAUGGCUGCACUUCGUCCGUGCAGGGCCCUCUGGCCGCGAACCCCCCCCCCACCACCACACUGGGAUUCGCCGUGACUCUGCCGAGGACUGGCACCGUGGCCUCCUG